AUGAUCGUCACCGUUGCAUUCCUAGUUACAGAUGAUUUUCGUGUAUUGACUGUAGCUGAACAACGUUCACUUUUUCAACGUAAUUUACAUGGUCUAUUUAAUCUUUAUAGUAUAUUAAUGUUACGUGAUGCCGGAAUAUUCGAUAAUAUGAGAAAUGAAAGUAUUAUUUUACCUUUAUAUGGAAAUGAAAUUGUUCGUCAAGCAAAACGAAUUACUAGGAGAUUUGAUUUUGAUUCAACACUUAUUAAAAUUAUUCAUAUGGUUUUUGCUUUUUCUACAAAUUGUUACACAAUCAAUUAUGAUCCAUAUAUGAAUAAUGAUACUCUUCUUAUAGGUACAUUUCGUUUACUUGGUAGUCAAAAUAAACUAUUCUUCGUUUUUUCAGCACUUGUUAAAAUAAUUCUUGAUCAAAUUAUAUUCUCAACAGAUAUUUAUAUGAAUAAUCGACAUCAUCAAAUACUUGUUGAUGAUUUAGUUGAAGAAGCAAAAACUUCACUUAUUCUUAAUGAAAAAGAUUUUAUUCCAUUAUGGAGAAAAGAUAAUUUAUUCGACUAUUGA